ACAAAAAAGUUGGCAUUCAGUGUGAGCAGGAGUGCAAGGCAGAGCUGGAGCCAGAUUUGCUGAUACAAGGCGAGAGGCACGAGGCACGAGUUCGUGUGCGGUCUAUUUUUCGGCACCGCGAGGGAGCCUGGAGUGACUGGAGCCCCACUGCAUCAUGGGAGUCACCAGUAGGGAAAAUAAAACCACCACCAGGUAAUACGUUUGUUGUUCCUGUAACGAUAGUCGGUGUGGUGGUGUUGCUGGCAGGCCUGCUCUUAAGCACUCACAAAACCACCCGGGUUUACAUAGUAAAGAAAAUCAAAGGUCCACCCAUACCAGACCCAGGAAAAUCCUUCCUGCGAGAAAUCCAGAGUGGGUUCUCCAGUGAAUACUUUCACUCCUUCUUGAAAUCAGUGGAAAUGAUCACUGUAGAAUUAAUCUCACCUGUGGAUGCUGCUGUGGCCUACAAGCCAGAUGAGAAGAUGGUGUUGAACAAAGGCAGCUAUGACUCCACCAGCUCCAGCUUCACUAACCCAAGUUACUCUGAGCUUUGUAGCCCUCCUCCUAUUUCCUCACUCACUGCUGGGAAUCUGAAGCCCUGUGCGGUUGACACGCCUUAUGGUCCUGUUGGUACUCGGGGUGAAGGAAAAAGCGCAGAACAGGAAAGUGAUGAAGCGAGAGAGAAAGAAAAGGAGACGUUAAUGUUGCUGCUCAAAGGCAGCAGUAACAGUGAGCCAGUGCAGGUGAUUUCAGACUACGAGAAAACUGAGAGGCUCGACAAUGAUCGAUUUAGGCUCCAGAGUCUAGAUUCAGGCAUGUGCAGUUGUGCAGAGGUCAGUGAAGAGAGCAUGGAGGCAGAUAGCAUCAAUAUGACUGAUAGCCAUGAUGAGGAACCUGAGGGUGAGGAAGAGAAGGAGGGAGGGAAUGAACAAAAGGCAGAUUUUCAGAGGCUGUUUGGAAGCAGCGGAGGUGUGUUUGGCAAGUCUAUCCAGGUUUGUUCUGAUUAUGAGCGAGUGGAGAAACAGCAGGCUGACAGCCCGGAGCUUCCCAGCUUGGAUUCAGGUGUUAGCAGUGGGGGAGAGGAGCAGCUGAGUCAGGAUGAGGGCAUGGAGGAUGUUGAUAAGUCCACUGAAUCUACACGCUUCCUGUUUCCACCUCAUCCUUCCAGUGCUUUACCAUGCUCCCUGCUCUCUUUUCCACAACUGCCUCUGAACUUGCCUGGGCCACGACUGAGUCCAGCUUUGCAGCUCCAGCCAGGUCACAAGACACAGGGGUUUGCUCUGAUGUCAACAGGCAGGUCGGUGGAGCCCUCUGGUGAUGGAUAUAUGCCAGUGAAACAGGAGGAGGACUGAGAACAGACAGCAGGCUCAACUAGCAGGACAACAUAGCAUGUAGCACAUGGAGGAGUCAUCACAGUCAGUCAGUUCUCAGGAAAAUGUAACAUCACAUAAUUCUUUAUCCACUUCACGUUUUUCAGCAACGUU